AUGCACCUCGAGAACGCCCGCCUCAUGCGCGACCGUGCCAACGUCGUAUCGUACUUGCACCGAAAAGCCAGUGACGUGAGCAGCAUCACGAGCCACAGCGCCGCCGGGAGCCCCGUGAGCGGCUCGGAAGUCGACAUGUCAUUUCGAGAGAGCUUUGGUUCGGACGACAGCGGGCGCCGCCGACUCUCGGCCGACUUUAGCGGCGGCUUGCUCGAGGUCUCGGACGCCCACGCGUCGCUUCUCGAGUGCUAA